AUGACUCCCCUGCCACGAUGGACUAUCACUCAAAUCAUGAACCGAAUCGGGGGCGACCCCUCGCUGCUGGAGAAGCGGCUCUCGGAAGACUCGCCCCGCUACUGGCUGCUUCAGAAGUGGGCGAGCAUGUCGAGCGCGGACGCGGCGGAGGCGGAGGCGGAGCCCGAGCCGGGCGAGGAGAAGGCGGCGGAGGCGGCGGCGGCCGCCGGGGAGAACCCGCUCCUGUUCCUGUGCUCGCGCUGUCGCCGGCCGCUGGGCGACUCGCUCACCUGGGUGACCAGCCAGGAGGACAGCAACUGCAUCCUCUUGCGCUGUGUUUCCUCCAAUGUGUCUGUGGAUAAGGAACAGGAACUGUCCAAGUGUAAAGGCGAAGACGGCUGCAUUCUUGGGACGCUGUAUUGUACAGGCUGCUUCCUGCGCCUUGGCUAUGUGUCCAGAUGCACUCCCAAGAGCCUGGACUACAAGAGGGACUUGUUCUGCCUCAGCGUCGAAGCCAUUGAAAGUUACACUUGAGGGUCCUCCGAAAAGCAAAUCGUGUCGGAAGACAGGGAGCUUCUCAAUCUGGAAAGCAGAGUUGAAAUAGAGAAGUCUGUAAAGCAGAUGGAAGACGUCCUGAAGGCCUUGCUGAUGAAGCUGUGGGUUAUUGAGUUAAAACUGUCCUCCGCUGGCUGCUGCCGCUGAGCUGCCCUUCCCGACCCGACCCCCCUCCCCCUGUUCCUAAUGGUGGUCAGACUCCUUCUGGGUACUUUAGGGGAGAAGUACCUGUUCUCCCUAUGUGACUCUUAAAGCCAGUUUAUGAUACAUACAUGUUGGAACGAGAUUUUGUGAGUUUUUAUUUUAUUAAAAAACGGGGUGAUUUUUUUUCUGUCUUUUUUUUGUUAAA